AAAAAAGCCAGAUAGUCAAAUGCCGAAUUCCCACUGAGAAAAACCUUGUCCAUCCUACGUCUCUUGUCCCAUACCACGUCGCCAUCCGAGACUCGUUUGAUAUAGAUGAUGCGAUGCUGGGGAAUAAACUCCUCGUCCGUAGUCUCUCUCUUCCACGACCCCAGACCGAGCUCCAAGCGCCCUUCGAACCGGUCUUCGUAUCCGAUUAUGUAGUCAUCAUUGUCAUAUUUCUCAUCCCAAAUAAGACGAUUGAUCACAUCAGACACGGGGCGCAACUUGUUCUCUUUCACCGGGGAAGUGUAGCAGGUGCUUUUCGGGGAUCGACUUGCGUGAGGUGAUGGAGUUCGCCUCGGAGACGAGCUUUCUUGAGGCGAGCUUUUUGAAGGUUGAUGCUCAAUAUGCUCUGGUUCCGGGACUUCUAGGUGUUGCUCCGACGCCAUGGCUUAGGACUGUUUUU